CCUUCUUCUUCCAUUGCCUUCUUCAUCAUCGUCAAUAAUGGCAGCUGUGGCUGUUUUUCUAUGUGUUUUGUCAUGUUUCUUGCCGGAGCUUGCAUUUGCAAAAACCAGACAUUAUACUUUCAAUAUAAGAUACCAGAACGUGACAAAAUUAGGCCACACAGUGAAAGUUUUAACUGUAAACCAUCAGCUCCCAGGGCCACCAUUGGUGGCUAGAGAAGGUGAUAGAGUCCUAAUCAAGGUGAUCAACCACGUGGCUGAGAAUGUGACCAUCCAUUGGCAUGGGGUUCGCCAAUUGCAAACUGGGUGGGCUGACGGACCAGCUUAUGUGACCCAAUGUCCGAUCCAAACAGGUCAAUCGUAUACUUACAAUUUCACGCUUAAUGGCCAAAGGGGAACUUUACUUUGGCAUGCCCAUAUCUCGUGGCUUAGGGCUACAAUUUAUGGCCCUAUAAUCAUCCUCCCUCGUCGGAAUGAAUCAUAUCCUUUUGAGAAGCCCUAUAAGCAAGUGCCAAUUAUUUUCGGAGAGUGGUUUAAUGUGAAUCCAGAGAGUGUAAUUCAACAAGCUCUGCAAACAGGAGGAGGACCUAAUGUUUCUGAUGCUUACACCAUUAACGGACUUCCUGGCCCUCUCUAUAAUUCCUCUUCUAAAGAUACAUUCAAGUUAAAGGUGAAGGCAGGAAAAACAUACUUACUCCGAUUGAUCAACGCUGCACUCAACGAUGAACUUUUCUUCUCCAUCGCCAACCAUUCUCUCACCGUCGUCGACGUCGACGCUUCCUACAUCAAACCCUUCCAAACCAACGUCGUAUUACUCAGCCCCGGCCAAACCUCCAAUGUUCUUCUCAAAACCAAUCCCAAUUUCCCCAUUAACUCCACUUUCCUCAUGGCCGCUCGUCCUUACUUCGCAGGCCAGGGCACUUUCGACAAUUCCACCACCGUCGGGAUCCUCCAUUACGGCCCCGGCCACUCGCCGCUGCCCACUUCAAUUACCACUUUAAUCCCCAAUCUCCCCGCCAUUAACGACACCAAUUUCGUCGCCAAUUUCUCCAGAAAAUUACGAUCUCUAGCCACCGCUAAAUUCCCUGUUAACGUCCCACAAACGGUGGACAAGCAAUUUUUCUUUACCGUCGGACUUGGAACUGCCCCUUGCCCAAAAAAUGCUACGUGCCAAGGUCCCAAUGGCACGAAAUUUGCUGCCUCUGUUAAUAAUAUCUCUUUUGCCCUCCCAUCGACGGCGAUUAUGGAGGCGUAUUUCUCCCGCCGAGCUAAUGGGGUUUACAGGACUGAUUUCCCGGUGAAGCCGGUGUUUCCUUUUAACUAUACUGGAACGCCGCCGAAUAAUACGGUGGUGAGUAAUAGAACGAGUUUGGUGGUGUUGCCGUUUAAUGCGAGUGUGGAGGUGGUUUUGCAGGGGACGAGUAUUUUAGGGGCGGAGAGUCAUCCUCUUCAUCUUCAUGGAUUUAAUUUCUACAUAGUAGGGGAAGGUUUUGGGAAUUUUGAUCCUAAUAAGGAUCCGGCUAAUUUCAAUCUCGUUGAUCCUGUUGAGAGGAACACCGCCGGCGUUCCUGCCGCCGGCUGGAUCGCCUUCCGUUUCUUCGCUGAUAACCCAGGUGAGAUUUGA